ACGCUGGCUCGGUUCGUCGGCCAAGUGAGUGUUGAGUGAACCUUCAGGCUCCAGCAUUCCAGCUGGCGCAGCUUGCUGUUUUUUGCUGCUGAUUUUGUUUGACUGCGUCAGGCACCGCCAGCGCCUCUGGCAACCAUGGAACUCCAGCGGAGUAUCUGUCGGCUAGCCGUCUCCGUCCAGCCCGCCGUCAGAGCCCAUCUCGGCUACCCUAGCAGCAUGCACAAGCCCGUCCAUAUCGCGGACAGACCCUCUCACAAUCGAAAUUAUUCAUUUUCAUCGACUUUCGCAACCAACGGUUACAGAAGGCUCUCCUAUCGCACUCUCGCGCACUCCAUUUGGCCGCGUCCGGUACCCGCUGGCUGCAUGCGUCGAGACUUCUCCUGUAAAGCGCAUAGCGAAGGUGCCAAUAGCGCGGACAAGAAGAAGCUCGUGUUUCUUGGGUCGCCUGAGGUGGCAGCGCGCGUGUUGGGUCAGCUGCUAGACGCGGCUCAGCAGCCCCACUCGCUGUUUGAGGUGGCGGCGGUGGUCACCCAGCCGCCGUCUAGUCGAGGCAGGGGGCGCAGCAAGGGGCAGCUGCAGCCGACCGCGGUGGGACAGCUGGCAGCGGAUCGCGGCUUGCCGCCCGACCGCAUCCUCUCGCCCGCCUCGGCCCGCGAUGCCGCCUUUCUGGACCAGCUCAGGCAGCUGCAGCCUGACGUGUGCGUCACUGCAGCAUAUGGAAACUUCCUCCCAUCUUCCUUCCUCUCGAUUCCUCUCCGAGGCACUGUGAACAUUCACCCCAGCUUGCUUCCCAAGUUCAGGGGAGCGUCGCCCGUGCAACGAGCACUCGAGCAAGGCGUGCAUGAGACGGGCGUGACGGUGGCGUUCACGGUGCUGGCGAUGGACGCGGGCCCCGUCAUCGCGCAGGAGAGGGUGCGUGUGGACGACGCCAUCCAGGCGCCCCAGCUGCUGGCCGACCUCUUUCACCGAGGCACCCAGCUUCUCCUGCAGCAUCUGCCGUCUGUGCUGGACGGGUCGGCUGCUGCCAGCGCCACUCCUCAAGACGACUCGCAAGCCACGCACGCUGCCAAGGUGGCAGCAGAGGAGGGAAUUCUUGACUUCGCCCUCCCAGCGCGCACUCUGCACAACAAGGUUCGGGCGUUCGUCCCAUGGCCCGGCAUGCGAGCCUCGUUUGUGGCCAAGGACCCCACCACGGGCGACGUGGACAACCUCUCCCUCAAGAUACUGAGGACCAAACCCCGCCCUGCCGUUAGCCCCUCCUCCUCCUCCCCAUCGUCCUCUUCGCCUGUGGGCCACGCGGUGAUCCCUGAGGAGGUGCAGGAGGUGCGGGUGGAGGGGCACGUCAUGCUCAUUCCCUGCGAUGACGGCUCCGCGCUUGAGGUGCUGGAGCUGCAGCCGGAGAGCAAGCGCCCCAUGGUGCCAAAGCAGUUCUGGAAUGGCCUGCGCAACCGCAAGCUCUACCGCCCCGCUUGAAGCUCUACCGCCCCGCUUGAAGUUGCAGCUUGAAGUUGCAGUGGCCUGCUUGAAGGCCUGGCGGCACGCAGCAGUGAGCGUUUAUGCCUCGGGUGCAGGCCCUAUUUUAUCAGAGUAAUUUACUCUGUUUCUCUGAAAAUCAGAGUCGUUUUUGAAAACUACUCUAAGUGCCUUGAGUAAAAAAAUUGAUGUUUUUUUUUACUCUGAUUAUAUCAGAGUAACCAUUUGUACCCCUCUGAGGGUUAGUGUACAGGGGGUAUACCUAUAGAUUUCCCCUGUACCCUGUACCUGGCCUUGCCCCAAUA